UUGAUAUACAAAUUUCUAGAAGUUGGAGCUAACUCUGUCUUGCGAGCUAAUGAAUCUCUGCUAAAGCAGAGUCACCCUUAAAUUGGAAAACCAAUUAACCUCAUCCUCGUACAUUUUGUGUAUUUUUAAGUUUUAGGAAGAUUAUGUAGCAUGUACAUGUUUGACACAUAGGUAGCAACUAGCUAUUUUUUUAUGUCGUUUGUCCUCUUGAAACAAACCUAUUUAUGGUUACGAGUACCAUGUGGAUGGAGUUGGAUCGUUUAUUGAUUGAGGCUAAAUUAUCCUACACAGUGUUUGUUAGCAUUUGGAAGGAUUUGCACUCCCUCCCUUCAAACAUACAUCAUACAACAUGUUCGCUGAAAUUACAGAGGAGAUAGAUGAAGAUACACACUGGUUUAUCAACACAGAAGAACAGAAGGAGAAGAUCAGGAAUAUUAUACAGCACCAAAAAUCUCUGUAUAGGUCAUCAGCAUCAUCUUCUCUGUCAUAUUCAGCUGCAUCUUCAUCAUCCUUCUCCUCACCCCAUAAAUCACGCAGUUUGUUGGCCUUGAUGAAAGGAGGAAGCACAUCCAUGAGGAGAUUGUUUGACAUGGAGCACACAAGUUUGGCAAACCAUUUUGACUUCUACACAGGGUCACCAAUAACCAAGCCAAUAUCUUUGUGGGAUAGUGAUUCUGAGCGUGAUUUCCAUGACCCUUGGGCUUUGAUCAAGGAGGUUGGAUCCACUCGUUUUGCUGGAACUGAUAGAGAAAGUGAGUUAGCCUCAAAGGGUAGUAAUGUGGAUGGAGAUCUUGGCUCCCACAACAGAAAUGUCAGCAGUGGGAACAGAAAAUUGACUAGGAAAAAGUCUUUUAGGAGGUUGCCAAGAUUUGGUUUGUGGAGAUGUGGAAGAUUUAGAUUCCCUUUGAGAUUUAGACGGCUUAAAAUUAGAAUAUGGGGUAGACUAUUCAGAUAGAGUUAUCAAAGUUCAAAAUUUGGAAUCAUCAAGUGGGUUAACUAUUUUCUGAAAUAACGAUCCUUCAAAAACUUGAGAAGC